AUGGACCGAGGCCGUCCCAGAAGGAGAUCAUCUCUCUCAGAGCCUUCAUGCUGCUGUUCCUCAAACAACUCAUACUCAAGGAUCGGGGAGUGAAGGAAGAUGAGCUACAAAGCAUCCUGAACUACCUGCUCACCAUGCAUGAGGAUGAUAAUAUCCAUGAUGUUCUUCAGUUGUUGGUGGCUCUGAUGUCAGAACACCCAGCCUCCAUGAUCCCAGCCUUCGACCAGAGAAACGGCAUACGGGUGAUCUGUAAACUCCUAGCCUCUAACAGUGAGAACAUCAGAGUCCAGGCUCUAAAAGUCCUGGGAUACUUCCUCAAACACCUCGGACACAA